AGCUACAAAUGUCCCAUGUACUAAGAAAUAGAAACUAAUGUAGCCUAUACAGAAGAUACCAAGAGCUGCUUAAGAAAACAGGAUGACAGAGAAAAAGAAAGAGAAAGUGAAGUGCGUGUGUCACGCGCACGGGAGCCUGAGAGCGAUUUGUUUCCACUCAGAAGUGAAGGGUCCUCUGAUAACGCUGAGUGACGGGGGUCAUCGCGUGACCAGGGACGGUUCGUCAUUCUGCCACGGACUGACGUUCAGCGGGCGACAGGUGAAGAUACAGGAGAAAGUGCGCCUGAGAGUCGAGCACUGCGUGCGACGUUGGCACGGAGCACUGCGGGUCGGAUUUACUCAUGUUUUACCCGAUCAGACAACUUUACCCCCUCUGGCCAUCCCAGACUUGACCCACUCUCCACUGUUCGCGGCGGUGGUGGUUCCCGUGGGCAUUUGUCGCCCUGGCUCAGAGAUUCAGUUCUGGUUGAAGAAGAACGGCUGUCUGCGCAUACGGAAUUCUGAUGGCAGAACACACACAGAGCAAACCUCUCUGAACGCCAAGUGGCCCGUCUGGGCGAUGAUGGACAUCUAUGGACAGACCACGUCAGUGGUGAUGCUUGGUUCCAAAAAGAGAUGUUGCAUCUUCACCAGGAGGUCCUGUCCUGCUCUCACACACAUCAAACACACUGAAGAUAAAGAAAUAAAAAGAAAGAAGGAACAAAUGAGCACGCUGGAGCAGAGAAACCUGAAAAACCCUUAUCUUGUCAACACAGAUCAUGAAACUCCCGACUGUGAGGAAUGUGUAGUGUGUUACAGUGAUGUGGCAAACAUUCGUUUGAGCUGCGGUCAUAAAUGUGUUUGUACUCCGUGCAGCAUGAGGGUUUACAUGACGUUUGGGACCUGUCCUCUGUGUCGUCGUCCCAUGGGUUCCUUCAAACCAUAUGACUAGUUUUCAUCCUGUUUAAACUGGUGGCCAUAUGGCCUGUUUGUUGAAUGUAUUUUGUACAAUUCAUUUCAGAAUUGCUUUAAUGUACAAAUCUAUCAUUGCACUGUGCAAAUGUUUAUUUUUUUAUCCUCUCUAGUUGCACUAUUUCUCAUUUGUAAAUUAUUUUACAUUCUGAUUAUUUAUGAAGAUAAUAUACCGUAUUUGUGAAAAUAUCAGAUUAUUCUUAAUCUAUUAUGUAAAUAUGUAUGUAAUAUGAUUUAAAUAUAUAUGUAUGUAUUGUAAAUAUGUAUGUAUGUAAUAUGAACAAUGUUUUUAAUUUUGUAUUAAAUGCAUUUUAUG